CGGGCAGGAUAAGAAUAAGAGGCACCCUUCUCCCGCUUGCUCGUUUACCUCUUGGUGUUGCCGAGCUGUGACAUGGACACUGGCACACGCGAUUGAUCGGUUGCUUUGCCGGCCGCUUCUCCGGGGGACCGGACGGGGCGAUCGAUCCACCGACCCAAUGUCGUCGUCCUACUCGUCACUCCUCUCACCGAGCCGCGCCCACGCGGACGAUCAUCGGGUUCUUCUCGGCGGCGAUGCCGACGACGACGACAUGGCGGCCGUGUCAAGCUACCUCUCACUCGACGACAUCGUAGAUGAUGUCGUCGGCGGGGAGUGGUACCGCCCGCUGGCGGAGGAGUCGUCGUCGGCGGCGGCGGCUGAGUUGCAGCCGGAGCCACUCUUGUUUGCCACGCUGCAAGCGGAGGAUGGCUACUGCGUCAGUGGCAGCGGCGGCGAGCAGAGCUCAGCGGCACUAGCCAACGACAACCACGACAGGAUCGACCUGACGCAGGACGGAGGCUCGAGGAGGCUCCUGAGGAGCGAGCACGGCAAGAUCGCCUUCAAGACGCGGUCGGACGUGGACGUGCUGGACGACGGGUACCGGUGGCGCAAGUACGGCAAGAAGCUGGUCAAGAACAGCCCAAACCCGAGGAACUACUACCGGUGCUCCAGCGAGGGGUGCCGCGUGAAGAAGCGGGUGGAGCGGGAACGGGACGACGCGCGCUUCGUCAUCACCACCUACGACGGCGUCCACAACCACCCGGCCGCCGCGCCGCCACGGUCGCCGGCCUAUCGCCUCGGGGAGCCGCCGCACGGGCACCACGUCUAGGAGCCAGGCAACCAGCGUCCAGCGGCGGCGGCACCGCGGCCGUCGAUCUCUUGGCGCGUCUAGAGCUCUGUUCUUUAAACCCACUCUUUAGAUCAUCAGCCUUUCUAAAACUCACUCAUUAUUUCCUUUUAUUUUUUUUUAAAAAACACCACUCUUUUAAAUCCUUGUUGAAGAGCUAUUCUAAUAUAAAAAUCACUCUCUAUCUCUCUUCGCACUUUAACAGCUUCUCUAUAUUUUAUUAGAAACUUUUCAUAGCCAGCUCCGUUGUCUAUGUUUGACAAUGAGAAACCAGAAAUAUCAGAUGGACAUGUUUGAAGACUUAUAAUAUUGAAGAAGUUGUUAGUGUUUUUUAA